AUGCCUUUCGGAAACACCCACAACAACUUCAAGCUGAACUACAAGUCUGAGGAGGAGUUUCCUGACCUCAGCAAGCACAACAACCACAUGGCCAAGGUGCUGACCAAGGAAAUGUAUGCCAAGCUGAGGGACAAGCAGACCCCCACUGGUUAUACCCUGGAUGACGUCAUCCAGACUGGUGUGGACAACCCUGGUCACCCCUUCAUCAUGACUGUGGGCUGUGUCGCUGGUGAUGAGGAGUCCUAUGAGGUCUUCAAGGAUUUGUUAGACCCAGUCAUCUCAGACCGUCAUGGUGGAUACAAGCCCACUGACAAGCACAAGACUGACCUGAACUGGCAGAACCUGAAGGGUGGUGAUGACCUGGACCCUAACUACGUUCUUAGCAGCCGUGUGCGUACUGGCCGCAGCAUCAAGGGAUACUCCCUGCCCCCCCACAACAGCCGUGGAGAGCGCAGAGCUGUCGAGAAGCUGUCCGUUGAGGCUCUGAACAGCCUGGAUGGUGAGUUCAAGGGAAAGUACUACCCCCUCAAGUCCAUGACUGAUGCCGAGCAGGAGCAGCUGAUUGCUGACCACUUCCUGUUUGACAAGCCCGUUUCCCCCCUGCUGCUGGCUGCUGGUAUGGCCCGUGACUGGCCUGACGCCAGGGGCAUCUGGCACAACGACAACAAGACCUUCCUGGUCUGGGUGAACGAGGAGGAUCACCUGCGUGUCAUCUCCAUGCAGAAGGGUGGCAACAUGAAGGAGGUCUUCAAGAGGUUCUGCGUUGGUCUGCAGAAGAUUGAGGAGAUCUUUAAGAAACACAACCACGGCUUCAUGUGGAACGAGCAUCUGGGUUACAUCCUGACCUGCCCCUCUAACCUGGGCACCGGCCUGCGUGGUGGUGUGCACGUCAAACUGCCCAAGCUGAGCCAGCACCCCAAAUUCGAGGAGAUCCUGACCAGACUGCGUCUGCAGAAGCGUGGCACAGGUGGUGUGGAUACCGCCUCUGUGGGUGGAGUCUUUGACAUCUCCAACUCUGACCGUCUGGGCUCCUCUGAGGUGGAUCAGGUGCAGUGCGUGGUUGAUGGUGUGAAGCUGAUGGUUGAGAUGGAGAAGAAGCUGGAGAAGGGCGAGAGCAUCGACAGCAUGAUCCCAGCCCAGAAGUAA